CGGAAGCCGGAAGUACUGGGCUUCCGGUUGGCGUCCUGCGCGAGGUGUGUGCUCGUUUCUCAGGUAAAGCAUGGCCAAAAGCUUACGGAGUAAGUGGAAAAGGAAGAUGCGUGCUGAAAAGAGAAAAAAGAAUGCCCCAAGGGAGCUCAACAGACUUAAAAGUAUUCUCAAAGUUGACAGUGAUGCCUUAAUGAAAGAUGUUGAAGAAAUAGCAACUGUGGUUGUACCCAAACAUUGCCAGGAGAAAAUGCAGUGUGAAGAAAAGGCAGAUGAAGAAAAAGAUGACACAAAAAUGGAGAUUGAAAUUAAGAGAAACAAAAAGACUCUUCUAGACCAGCAUGGCCAGUACCCAGUGUGGAUGAACCAGAGGCAGAGAAAAAGGCUGAAGGCAAAGAGAGAAAAGAAGCGGGGGAAAAGCAGAGCCAAGGCAGCGAAGGGCCUGGCCUGGUAGACCCUUAAAAACUGAGGAGUAUUACAUGGGACAGAAUGUUCAUUUGUUCGAAAUGUCUUCACAGAUUUCCACUCUCACUACAUAAAAGCUAUUUGUUUUCAUAUUUUAGUUCGGACUUAAUUGUUUAAUUCAAAACCAAAAUAACUCAUUUGUGUUGGGAGCUUAAUAAAAAUGUAUUUUGUAAUGAAUGAAAGUUAUGUUGAAGUUGUAAUUGGAUACUACCUGAUAUUUGAGUACUAUCAAACAUCUCAAUCUUGUGAGCAUUAAUGUAGCUGUCAUUAUUUGCUCUUUCAGUGUCAGUUAUACUCAGUGCCUCGAAUUAAACAUGCUUAUGCAGAUAGAAUUUGGACAGAAAGCUAUUAUAUUGUCAUAUUUAAAAAUAGGGUAUCAAGGAGCUGAAGAAAUGGCUCAGCAGUUAAGGUCACAUACUGCUCUUACUGAGAACUUACCUUCUGUUUCUUGUUGGCUCAAAACCAGAUCCCAGGAAUGCACCCUCUCCUGGCCUUCACUGGCACCUGUAUUCAUGUGCACAAGCUCCCCCUGACACUAAUAACUAAAAAAGAAGUCCUUAAUAAAAGGGCAUAGUGGACCUUACAGUAGUAAAUAUUUGAAUUUUUUAUAAUUCACAAUAAAAUAUUCAGUGGGCAGA